CCAGUUAGUAUGCAAAGCAACCAGCCUUGACUAAUGAGCAAAACUUCAGUGUUUAAACGUUAAGCUUAUUUCAGAUCUUUGAUAGUCUUUUCUUACUGCGCACUACAGCUAAAACAAAUCUAAGACGCAACUAGAAUUAUUGAGCUGCGCUGAUCAACUAACUUACUUGCACCAUUGCUUGGAGAGUUUAAUCAGUGAAGUCAAGUUGAGCGAAUUAGAAGCUAGAAGUGAGAAUUGAGAAGGAUGACGACUGACCACAUCGUGCGAUCAGGAUACCUCUCGGAGGAUCUGGCGGAUGAUGACGAGAACAUGGACGAUAUGUACGACGAGAACAGCUCGGCACGACUCUUUGAGAGACAGAGGAUCAAGGCGCUAUCAGACGAGCGAGAAAUUGUGCAAAAGAAGACGUUUACGAAAUGGGUCAACUCCCAUCUGGCGCACAUGUCAACAAGAGCGAACGACCUGUUCAUCGACUUGCAAGACGGUCGACUGCUGAUCAAACUGCUCCAAAUUCUGUCCGGGGAGCAGCUUCCAAAACCCACUCGAGGAAGGAUGAGGAUCCACUGUCUAGAAAAUGUGGACAAGGCUCUGACGUUUCUGAGUCAGAAGCGAGUGCACUUGGAGAACUUGGGAGCUCAGGAUAUCGUGGACGGGAGUCCGAGACUUACUCUGGGUCUGAUCUGGACCAUCAUCCUCAGAUUCCAGAUCCAAGAUAUCCAAAUUGAAACUGAGAGCCAGGACACAAUCUCAGCGAAAGAAGCACUUCUUUUGUGGUGCCAACUGAAAACUGCAGGAUAUCCGGGUGUGAGUGUGCGAAACUUCACAACCAGCUGGAGAGAUGGUCUCGCUUUCAGCGCCCUAUUGAACAAGCACCGAGAUGACAUCGCGUUUCCUCGUGAACAUCCCCGGGAGAAGGAGGAAAUGGACAAAUGUCUGGCCAAGGCGUUCAAGGAGGCGGAGCAGAAGUUGGGCAUACAGAGGCUGUUGGACCCUGAAGAUGUGAAUGUGGAGUAUCCGGAUGAGAAGUCAAUCAUCACCUAUGUGGUCACACUGUACCACUACUUCUCCAAGGCCAGAGAUGAAACUGUCUGCAGCAAACGAAUCCGAAAGGUCAUGAGAGCUCGAAUUGACAUUGAGAAGCUGAUCCAUAACUACUACAAAUUGGUCACUGAUCUACUGAAGUGGAUUGAAGACAGGAUCGUCCAACUGAACGACCGAGUGUUCGCCAACUCAUUGUAUGGUGUGCAGCAGCAGCUGUUGCGAUUCCACAGCUACACGACGGUAGAGAAGCCGCCCAAGUUCAAUGAGAAGGGAGCGAUUGAAAUGAUGUUCUUCCAGAUCAGAAGUCAACUGUCUGUUCACAACAUGAAAUCUUUCACGGCUGAAGAGGGCAAAACUGUCAUGGAAAUUAACAACGCCUGGCAGAGAUUGGAAAAGGCAGAACAUGGCCGAGAAAUCGCUCUGAGAGAUGAACUGAUUAGACAAGAGCGAUUGGAACAUCUGGCUUUGAGGUUCGACAGGAAAGCGGCGAUGAGGGAAACGUGGCUGACUGAGAACCAGAGAAUCGUCAAAACUGAGAACUUUGGAACUGAUUUGGCACAGAUUGAGGCUUCGAUGAAGAAACACGAAGCAAUCGAGACUGAUAUCCUGGCGUACAGAGAGCGAGUGAAUGUGAUUCUUGAGGUUGCUCUGGAUUUGGAGAGGGAAAAUUAUCACGAGUAUAAGAGAAUCAACGGUCGAAGAGAUAAUGUGCAAAAACUAUGGGAUGAUCUGUUUGCUAUGUUGGAUUCUCGAAGAGAAAAACUGAACUGUGCCCUUGGUUUGCACAGAGUGUUUAAGGAAAUGGAAUUGUGCUGCAGUGAAAUGGCUGAAUUGAGGCAACCUCUGAUGUCCGACGACUACGGAAAACAUCUGAUGGGAGUCGAGGACUUGUUGCAAAAGCAUGCUUUGUUAGAAGCGGCAGUGUCUGCCCAAAAUGAACGAAUGAAUGCUGUCAACCAGAAGGCAGAUGACUAUUAUGCCAGAAUCGAAGAGCAAUCAGGCGAGCCACCUUGCAAGAAGGAAGAAAUCGAAGCACACAAGGAAAAGCUGAACCAGACAUACGAAGAGCUGUGCGAAAUGGCGUCCAGUCGACACGACAAGCUGGAAGAGUCAAAACUGCUCUGGCAAUUUUUCUGGGAUGUUGUUGACGAGGAAUCCUGGAUCAAGGAAAAAGCCCAGAUCAUCAACACGGUCGAUAUCGGAAACUCGCUAACUUCAGUCCAGAACUUGCUGAAUAAGCACAAGGCAUUGAGAGAUGACAUUGAGAGUCAUCAGACACAAUUGGACGAAAUGAUUGCAGCUGGACAGACUUUGAUUGACCAGCAGCAUUUCGGAUCAGCAAAGAUCCAGGCGCGAAUUGAUGAGAUCAAUGCCAUGUGGCUGAAACUGAAAGAGUUCGUGGAACUGAGGCAGAAGAGAUUGGACGAGGCCACUUCGCUUUAUCGAUUCCACGCUGAACAUGAAGAUGCGAUGGCAUACAUGAUGGAUUUCUUCCAUAUCUUCAGUAUGACCGACUGUGGUCAAGACGAGAGUAGUAACCAGGCACUUAUCAAAAAACACGAGGACACGAUGAGCGAAUUCCGCAACUUUCAAUCAGUUUUGGAGGAUCUUCACAAACACGCUCAGAACCUCGGAGAACAUGAGAGGAACUCACCAGACGUCUUGGAGAAACUGAGCCAGAUGGACAAGAGGUACAAGGAACUGCAAGUGUACGCUACCAACCGACAAGGAGCUCUAAUGGACGCCUCGUCCCUCUACAAAGUGUUCAACGAGUCAGAACUGGUCGAGUCUUGGUUGGCCACAAAGCUCAACUUCCUCGAGUCCCUCGUCAUCCAGAAUGCAGAGGACGUAGAUGAGAUCGAGAUCCUCAAGCACAGAUAUGACCACUUUGAGAAGGAGUUCACAAACAACGACGAAAAGGUGAAAUUGGUGAACGCUCUUGCAAACGAGCUCAUCAAUCGACCCAACCCUCAUCCGGACGCAGACAAGGUGGAGGCCAGAAGAGACAAGCUGAACGAGACCUGGGAGCGAAUCAGACUGAUGAUGCAGGAUAAGAGAAAGAUCAUCUACCAGGCAUACGAGACGAAACAGUUUGUGAUCGAGUGCACGGAAACGAUCACCUGGAUCAAGGAGAAGGCUAAGUUGAUUCAGGACACGGAGGCUCUGGGCAAUGACUUGACUGCUGUGAUUGCGCUGCAGAGAAGACUGGCGGGCAUGGAGAGGGAUCUCAGUGCGAUCGAGGGCAAGAUCAGAGGACUCACUGACGAGGCAGACAGACUCUGUGCUGAACACCCGGGAGUGAGUGAUGAGAUCAAGGCACAGAUCCACGACACCUACUCCAGCUGGGCCGAUCUGAGACAGAUCCUGAAGGACAGAGACGAGCAGCUGGACCAGUCCGGACACCUUCAGAGGUUCAUCCGAGACCUGGAUGACUUCGAGAAGUGGCUGCACGCCAAAAUGAACGAGAUUGUGAAUGAGGAGACGCCUGAAACUGAGGCGGAUGCGAGACAGUUGCAGAUCAGACUGAAUCUGAUCAAGGGCGAGAUUGACAACUACGAGGAGCAGUAUGCGCUGUUGAAGACGACGGGUGAUGAACUGACCGAGGGCCAGGACAAUCCAGAGUACAGACAGUUCCGACAGCGACUGGAGGCCGCUGACAAAGAAUGGGACGAACUGCAUCAGAUCUGGAACCGGGCGGACGACCGUCUGAAGCAGCUGGUACUCUACAUGCAGUUGGAGAAGGACGGAAGGGCAGUGGAGAGUCUGCUGAACAAACAGGACGCCUUCCUGGCCAAAGUGGAGAAGCCAAGUAACAUCGAGCAGUGCAACGAACUCAUUGGCAAGUACAAGGAUCUGAUCAGUACGAUGGAUAGAAAUGACGAGAAGGUGGUGCAGUUCCUCAAAUUGGCAGAUGAUCUCUACUCCCAGGACAACGAGCACUCCCCGAAAGCAGUAGAGAAGGCGAACGAGAUCCAGCAGAGACGAGACACCAACAGAGACAAGGCUGAGGAUGACCUAAGGAAGUUGGUGGACUCUCUCGACUGGCAGAAGCUCAAGAGUGAUUUCCACAGUCUGCACUUCUCAGUGGAGGACAAGAACCACCUGGUGGACACGAUUGUGGAGUCGCCCCUGGAGGGAAAGAAGAAGUUCACGAAGAGUACAGCUGUAGUACAGGAGGUGGACGCCCUGGAGAAACAACUGGAGGACAUGAAGGACCACGCGAACAACGUGCGGGAGAAGCACCCCGAACUGGCGGAUGAGGUGGACGAGGCAAUCACAGCAACUGAAGUGCAGCUGGCUGAGACAAAGCAGAAGGCGAAGGAUUUGGUGGACAAGUUGUUCGAAGAGGAGAAGGGAUCCAUCUUCUUGUCUUCGAUCGCUGAAUUGGACGAAAACAUUGGCGAGGUGGAAGAGGACGAGAUCCCCGAAGAAUGUACCAACUUGGUAGAUGCCCAGAUCAAAAUGGACCAGUUCAAUCUGAUCCAGAAGAAACUGGCAGACACCCAGUCUUCACUGAAUGAGUUGGACAAUCAACAGAACCGAAUCACCGAUCUGCCCGACACAGAGCAAGAGGAGAUCAAAGCGAAAUCAGAAAAUGUCAAGUCCAGAUUUAACAAAGUGUCACAGCCUCUUGAAAACAAAAAGAAGCAGCUCGAAAUUGAUAUAAAGAAGUUCAAGUUUUUCCAAGAUGCAGCUGAUGAGAAGACUUGGAUGAGUGAAAAGAUACCACUGUGCGAGACGAGACCAGUCCCGGGAAGUCUGCAAGAGGCCGAACAGCUCGAGAAGCGAAACGAGAGUCUCAAAAAUGACAUUGCAAGCCACCGACCUGUUCUGGACGCUGUGAUCAAAGAUGGUCACUCGCUCAUCGAUGAUGAAGCGUACCACAAUCCUCAGGCUGUGAAUGACCGUAUUGACGACCUCGAAAGCACCUGGGCUUCAUUGGACGAGAAACUGAAGGAAAAGAUAGCUGAGCUGGAAAUUCUUAAGAACUCUCAAAAGUACUUUGAAGAGGCUAAGGAUGCUGAGGUGUGGAUGUCGGAUCAAGAGUUCCACUUAAUGUCACAGGAUAGAGGAAAGGAUGAGCCAAGUGCGCAAGCCUUGCUCAAGAAGCACCAGGCACUGGAGAAGUCUAUUGAUGAUUUCGAAGACACGAUCAAAGCAUGUGCAGACACAGCAAAGGAACUGUUGGAAGCUAACCACCCAGACAGCCCCAUUUUGCAAAAUGCCUACUCCAAAUUAGAUCGUCCCAAGAUCCAGUCGGAGCAAGAGAAGAUCGAGCACAGCUAUGCCAAUCUGAAGGGUCUCUGCGAGGAGAGGAAAAACAGACUGGAACAGGCAGUCGAAUUGUUUAAACUGAACAGAGAUGUGGAUGACCUGGAGAUCUGGAUCAACGAGAGGGAAAUUGUGGCCGGAUCCCACGAGAUGGGACAGGAUCUGGAACACGUCAUCAUGUUGCUGGACAAGUUCAAGGUCUUCACCAAAGACACGACUGAAGUUGGCCACGAGAGAGUGAACCAGGUGUCGGAUGCAUGUGAUGCCAUGAUCGAACAGGGCCACGGAGACGCAGUCCUCAUCGCCGAGUGGAAGGAACACCUGAACGAGAUAUGGAACGACCUGCUGGAGCUCAUGGACACACGCACUCAGCUGCUGAUGGCUUCGUAUGACCUGCGCAAGUUCUACAGUGAUUGCAAGGACACUUUGGCGAGGAUUAAGGAGAAGAUGAACAAUCUGCCGGAUGACUUGGGCAAGGACAAGAAGCAGGUGGAGAACCUGGAGAGGAAACACGAGUCAUUCAUCCUCGACGUCCAGUCCCUACGAGACCAGGUGCACCGCAUUACAGAAGAGGCCGGUAAGUUCCAGCAGUCAUACGCAGGAGACAAAGCCAGGGAAAUCCAGAUGCGAGAGAAGGAGGUGGUUGAUGCAUGGAAUCAGCUGCUGCUAUUCUGCGACGACAGAAGAAUUAAACUGGCAGACACUGGAGAUCUGUUCCGGUUCUACACCAUGGUUCGGGAUCUGCUCAACUGGAUGGACGACAUCAACCGACAGAUCAAAAACCAGGAGAAGCCCAGAGACGUGUCAGGAGUGGAACUGUUGAUGAAUCUGCACCAGGCCAUCAAAUUGGAGAUAGAUGCGAGGGACGAGAGCUUCGCAGACUGCAUUUCCCUCGGAAAAGAACUCAUCGCUAAGGGACAUUACGCACUCAAAGAGAUCAAGAAAAAGCUGUUGGAGAUUGGCUACAAGAGAGCAGAUCUAAUCGCAGACUGGGAACACAGGUGGGAAUAUCUGCAACUCAUCCUCGAGGUCUACCAGUACGUGAAGGACGCCCAGGCGGCAGAGGCCUGGCUCAAUGCACAGGAGAACUACCUGAAGACGCAGGAUCUGGGAGACUCAGUGGAGGCGGUUGAGAAGCUGCAGAAGAAGCACGAGUUGUUCGAGAAGUCCCUGCUGGCACAGACCGACAGGUUCCAUGAUUUGGACCGAGUCACCACCUUGGAGCAGAGGGAGUUGAGACGACAGAAGAUCAUGGAGUACAUGAAGGACCACCCGGACUUCGUGGACGAGCCCACUCCCAUCAGCAAGAACAGGAAACAGUUCAUCGAGGAAUACGUCGCCAUGCACCAGCUGCACGACAAGGAGGAGGAGGAGGAACAGUUGCCGAGCAGACCGACUGUGGAUCACGUGCACGAGCCGGCAGCCUCGCCCUCAGUGCAGAGACCUGUUCAGUCAUCAUCGGCUGCACCCCCAGAAGCUAGAGCUAGAGCUGGUCAGGCUUCUCAGCCGCCCGCUUCUACUGUACCGGAGAGCACUGCUGCUGCUGCCACUCAAGGCAGUGCUGCACCUGCUUCUUCGGCAGCCAAGCCCACUCCUGCGCCUCCGAAGUCUUCGGACGAGUCGGUGACUAAAGAGGGAGCUCUGCAGAAGAAGAAGGACAACGACGAUGGAGGAGUGGCCUCCAAGGACAGAAGCUGGAAGGGAGUGUACAUGGUGCAGAAGGGAACCAGUCUGACUACAUUCAAAGACCAGAAGAGCUCUAAGCAAAAUGCGGCUCUCUCUGGCCAUGCGCAGAUAGAUCUGUCCACUAGCGAGUGCACAAUUGCGAGUGACUACACCAAGAAGAAGAAUGUGUUCCGACUGAAAACAUCAACCGGUGCUGAGUGUCUCUUCAUGGCCAAGGACGCCAAUGAUAUGAACUCGUGGGUGCAGAGCAUCAACACCGUCUGCCCAACAAGAGAGAGUUCCACCUUCCCCCGAUCUUCCUCGCCAUCGGGAGGAGACGCACCAGACAGCGGAAAGAAGAGCGCAAAGGACAAGAAAUCGGCCACCUUGAAGCCCAGCAAGAAGUAAAGAAGCAUAAAAAUUUAAAAAAGAAAACAGCUGCUUCCUUGAAAGUAUUUGAUGCUAAAGGCGGGACUCGAAAAACUGAUUGGUGUACAACUCAAAUUAGCAGUUUUUAAUAAUAUGAUUGCUAAAAGCCCGGAUUCGAGAAAAGACUUUUGAGCAAAAAAACUAUUGGGAUUGAUGAAUCAGUGCAUGGGGAGGUCAUGCAUGUUUGAUGAAAAACUGAAAGAUUUCUGAAGACUCCUCAGCUAGUUUUGUGUUGAUUAAAGGUGAUCUCUUUUUCCCGGUUGAUUGCAGUUUAUAUUUUGAAGAGAUAUUUAUUAUCACAUCCAUGUUAUGCUAUGCUCAGUGUCCUUAACGAAUGUUAUUUUAGCAUAGCACCCAAAUUGCGUUGCCUGAAAAUCCUUAGACUUAUUCAUAUUUCUCGGUUAAACUCUAUUGAUUGCUUUGCUGUAUUCCGAUUGUCGAAGUCAGAAAAGUGUAAAAUUAAAUUAUAUUAGUGGCGUAUAGCGGAAUAAAGCGGCACUUUUUCGUAAAUUUGCAUUUUGUAUAAUCUUGAAUUAGAUUUGAACAGACAGCGUUAUUGAAUAACUACCCUUUUGUCGGAUAAUAUAAAGAGAGAAUUAAACUGGUUGGUUUGUAAGAGUGAAUUCGAUGGUGACUGGAGAUACUUUUUAGUAUCCAGAAUGUCUGUUUCUUAUUGUUGGUUGUGUUGUUGGAUCUUCGGGGUACUACGCGCUUUAUAGAUUGGAUAAGUACAUUAAAUAUUUUUUACACAUUUGUGCAUGUAAUUGUUGUUUGUUAUAACAUGAAAGUGCUUUUAAAAUUUAUUAUUAAGAAUCAAAUGCUCAGCUUAUGAAUCAAUCAUUUCAGAUGAUUUCCAGCGAACAUUUAGAUCAUAAGAAAGAGCCGGUUUUUGUUUGGUGUUCUGGAAUGAAUGAUUUCUGUUCAAUUUUUCAUAACGCGCCUCAAUUCAAUCCAAAAUUUCAUUGUAUUUUGCUCCAUGAAUGUCAAAAUUUAUUAUUACUCCACCGAGGUUAUCAUUCAAAUAAAUACUUGUACAUUUUCAUUUCAAAUUAAAUUUUGAUACGUUA